CAGAAGAGUUUUGGAAUCAAAAUUGCUACAAAUUGAAAUUUCUGGGAAUUAAAACUUCACUUUCACCAGUAGAUAUCGUCGAGAGAAUUGAAACAUAUAUAAAACGUCAGGAAACGGGAAAUAGUGAUGGUGUAUAUGAUAAAUCACGCAAUCUGCUAAAAUAUAUCGAUGAAAAUUGGAUUUUAUUUGAUGAUAAAUUUUUAUCAAUUAUUAAAUCUUCAAAAUGGAUUCCGACAAUUGACCGAUUUGGUAAUAAGUCAUUCUCUCGUCCAUCUGAAUGUCGUGACAAAAAAGAUGAACAUUUAGUAUCAUUAAUCCUUUCAAUCCUUGAUUAUCGAAUAAUCAAGAGCGAAUUUCGAAAGCAUCUGGGAUGGAAUAGACGUCCCCCUGUAAAAACUGUUCUUGAACAAAUGAAAUUAUGCAAUUUCUAUACUCCAGAGAAUGUUGUUUUUAAUCUUCCGACAAAUCUUGUAGAUCUACCGAUUAUUCAAUUGCCUGAUGAUUACCGAAAUAACGAUACCUUUAGUAAAGUAUUUAAAUGUUUGGGGGUUCGAGAAAAAACUGAUAUUUACGAUUUCAUUAAUUUAAUCAAUAAGAUUGCUCAUGAAGCAAAUAAUAAAGCAUUAAAUGAUGAAAAUUUAUCUAAAAUUAUUGCAAUUCUUGAUCAAGUCGGAAGGGAAUGUAAUAAAUCUAAUAAGAACAAGACUGAUGAUUUGAAAGAUCUGCUUAUUCCAAAUACUGAUGCCAUUCUUUUCAGCCUUGGAGAAAUUAAUUGUGAUGACAUGGCCGCACUAAAUAAUGACGAAAAAAACAAUUACAACCUUUCUCACCCCAAAAUAUCAAUUGCGCUUGCUAGGGAACUUGGGAUUCAAAUGCUUUCUGAGACGUUUUUAAAAGGCAGUGAUAUUGAUUUUGAAAUUUAUGAACAAUCAGAGCCUUUAACCACCAGGAUAAAGGAGAUUAUUAGCAAUUGUUCGCUCGAUUCCUUGUUCAGAAAAUUUCUUCAGAACGCUGAUAAUGCAGGAGCACAUAGAUUUUCUAUCUAUAUCGAUGAGAGGCCAUGGCAUAAGAAGCCUGAUCAAUCUACACUCUUAUCUAAAGAAAUGCACGUUUGGCAAGGUCCAGCCAUUUGGAUUUACAAUGAUGCAAAGCUUAAAGAAAAAGAUUUUUUUUCAUUAGUUAAACUUUGUGUUGGAAUCAAAUCAGAUGAUGAUAGCAAAAUAGAUCGUUUUGAAAUUCCUACUGCUUAUUUUUUAACCGAUGUUUUAUCUUUUGUGAGUGGAGAACAAAUUGUUUUCCUUGAUCCUCAUGCAAAAUUUCUUCCGGCACAAAGGGAUCCUCCAAAAAAAUCUCGAGCAAGAAGACUGCCACUUAGAAACAUUGAAUUAUCGAAACAAAGCUUAAUCUCGCAAAAUUCAUUAGGACAUGAAAAAAUUUUAAAUUACCUUCGUGAUUUGAAAGAUAAGGAUGAACAUAAACGCUUGAUCUGGGAAGCGAAAAUUCAAGAUUUAAAAGAUGUCAGGAAUAUUCGCAGCAAAUUUUAUUAUGAACCACAAGUUUUUCAACUUGAUAUAAAAGUCAAUGAUGCGCAAAAAAAGAAGACAACUUUUGAAAUAUGGCUUGUAUGUACAGGCGGAAAACCCAUAGUCAAGGUUAAGAAUCCGGACCUAUACAAAUUCUCAAAUGGGAAAUUUGUUGCACAUGGUGGUAUCGCUGCCAUUCUUGCACAAUCAGAAAAUGAACCCUUAAAAAAGCCUUUAGAC